AGACAGAACCCAACAGAACUUAGCACACUGGUCUCCAGGCACCCACAUUCUAGACAUAGCAUCCUAUUGAGCCCACUUGAGUGGCGACACUGAAGACAAGAGGAUGUUCUCCUGCUGUCUCCCGAGUUGUGGAGGCUCUGGCUUCAGGAAAGCCAAGAAAAAGAGACUUUUCAGUCACUAUAGACACUGCCUUCGCCCUCACCGGCACCGCCUCUGUCCAAUUGGUAGGAGGAGCACUCAGAGCUGCACGCAGGAGGUGGUCGAAGAGCUGGCGGAUGGCUUCGGGUACUCCAUCUCCCUGGACAGGGACCAGCUGCACCGCGCCAUCAUCAAUAACCAGGGCUGCUCUGAGAGUGAAGAUGAGUCCACUCUGUCUGUCACUGAGGCCUGCAGGAUGCGUGCCCUCCAGGCAGGCAUGAUGCAGAGGCUCUCAGAGUCUGUGCUGCCAGCCUUCCCCAGCAGAGUCCUCUGCAGUGUCAUCACCUCCCUCUGCAGCUACUCAGGCUCCAGCACAGCCCACCAGGUGCUGGACCAGCUGUUUCCCAGGUCCCAUCUACCCUCCAUCCCGGGCGAUGCCCUCAUCCCCUUUGGGACACAUGGAGGCAGCUUGGCCCAUUGCGUGCGGGAUGCUGGAGGACAAGACCACCUCCCAAAUGCUAUCUAUUUCCUGCUGGGAACCUGGCUGGGCCAAGGGCAGGAUUGCAGGGAGCCCCUGCGGUUUCCCUCUUGGACCCUGCAGCUGGCCACUCUGAACAUCAGCUUUGGUGGCUCCCACGUGGAGGGCCAUGCCUACCUUCUGCCAGGCCACCUGGAGCAUCUCAAGGCCAUUGAGGCCGAAAGGAAAGAGCCAGCUCCAAAGCUCCUGCCACUGCCAGAGCCAGAGCCAGUGCCAUCCCCCGGGCUGGAGCCAGCUGCACCUCCAGUCUCACCACGUGUGGUAGAGCUGGAGCCAGCAUCUGAGUCGGCCACUCCAGGACCAGAGCAAGGGCCACCAGUAAAGGCAGCCCCAGAGCCCAGCUUCCCCUGGGCCGUGACCACCGAGGACCAGCUGAGGGAGGAGAGGCUGAACAUCUUGGACUUCCCUCCCCAGCUGGUGGCAGAGCAGCUGACGAGGAUGGCUGCGGAGCUGUUCAAGACGUUGGUGCCCGCCCACUGCCUCGGCUCCAUCUGGUCCGAGCGCGACAACAGGGAACGAGAGUACCUGGCACCCACCGUCCGUGACACUGUGAUGCACGACAACACCGUGGCCAAUUGCAUCCUCGUCACCUGCCUUGGGGACGCGAGCAUGACAGCGCAGGACAGGGCCAGGGUGGUUGAGCUGUGGAUCAGGGUGGCUGAGGAGUGCCGAGGCCUCGGGAACUUCUGUUCCCUCCACACAAUCCUUUCUGCCCUGCAGAGCCCUGCCAUUGCCCGUCUCCAAGACACCUGGGGACAAGUUUCCAGGGAGAGUUCUCGAACCUGGAAGAAGUGGGUCAGGAGAGAGAAACGCGUGAGCAGGGAGCUGCUGGUGCAGGAGGCGACCUCCGUGUUAGAGACUGCAGAGAGGGCCCGCCAGGGAGCCCAGGAGAGGCAGCGGCAGCAGGGUGUCGUCCCCUCCCUGGUGACGUUCUUCCGUUCCCUGGAGCUGCUGGACGCUACGAUGGAGGAUUAUGUGGAGGGCAAUGUGCUCAACUGUCGGAAAUGGAAUGAGCAAUUCAAACUGACGGAGGAGAUCGAGCUGCUCCAGGAGGCUGCAAAUCUGUACACCGUGCAGCCCGACGAGCACUUUGGGGCCUGGUUCCAGGCCGUGGAGCCCCUGAGCAAGGAGGCGAGCUACAGCCUGUCCUGCCAGCUGGAGCCCCGAUACCACUGGGUCAGAAAAAUUCGACUCUUCUUCAAACACAAGAAGAACCGCUCAGGGCAGAACACCAGACCCUCAACCAAGGGCCCAGUGUUGGUGGUCGAUGACCCUCCUGAGUCCAGCUGAGCUACAGCGGGGACACAGCGUUGACACUCAAGGUGCACAGGGCCACCUCCCCUGAUUCUGAUGAGGAGAACUUUGUGAUCCAUUUCUUGGGGUGCCCUGUUGGCCACGAGGGAAGGCACCAAUCCCUCUUCUCCCUCCCCCCUCUUGCCCAGCACCGAUUUCCCUAUUUGGCGGGGCCAUAUUUUGUUGUCAAUGGUAAUUGCUCCGUUUGAGUAUUAUAUUAAAUUGUUGCUUCUUUCUAA